AUGGUAUUUGGGUUAUCUAGAAAGGAGCAUAAAGUUCCAGAUUUGUCAAGGUACGACUAUUAUUAUCAAAACACUCAAGAUUUUAAUAGAAGUGCAAGAUUAUCGGCUGCUGCUGCAUCUGCCGCAAGCAAUGCUGGUGGUGCAGCUGCUGGUGCCGGUGGAGGUAGAAGAAUAGUCAGUGCACAACCAACAACUAAUACAUCACGACAACAGACUAGAUCAAAUUCGUUGGUACAUUCUAAAGAACCACAUCGUAGAGCAUCAAGUGCUGUGCCCCCAAGAAUAAAUUCCACUAUUGGUACAAGACCUCGUAUGAAAGUGAAAAAUAAUAAUAAUAAUAAUAAUUACAAGACUUACUCAUUAAGAUCAGAAUCCAGUGAGGAUCGCUCGAUUGAACAAUCAAUUAAAUCAAAACCUAUAGUGAAAGGAGUUAAGACAAAAAAUACUCCGAAGAUUAUUCAAAAUAAAAAGGACACUAAGAAGGAAGCUUCACACUCAAUGCAUACUACUAAUAUUCAAAAACAACAACAACAACAACAACAACAACAACAACCAAAGAAGAAGAAGAAGACCAUUAAGAAACCAGUAACUACAACUUCUAGACUCAAUUCGUUAGCGUCAAAUAAUAGCACCAAUAGGCAAUUACGAAAAAUGUCUAUGAAUGACUCUAGAAGUAACUCAAUUACAACACAGAUCACUAAAGUCAAAGAUCCCCAAGGGAGGACUACUUCAAUCACGCGUAAGACCAUUAAGAGAAUUGAUGGAUACGAAUAUAUUGAAACAACUACUACAACAACCAGCGUCGCUCCUGUGAAUGAAACUGAAUCUCUAAAUUCAGAUCAAAGACAUUUUAACGAGUUCAAUGAUGAUUAUAUUAUGGAUAGUGAUUUUGCUCCGAUUCAAGAUAUUCAAGAAGAAACUGAAAACGAAGAUUCUCCACCACAGAUUGAUGAAGUGAUGUUACAAGAUGGAUCACAGACUCCAUCAUUGAAUGGAAGUUUAAACUUGAAAGAUGACACAUCACAAGAAGAAGGAACAUUGUCAAAUGUUGUAGACUCUAACGACUUAUCCAACGUACCGCCGAUCCCAGAUGUUCCGAUUGUUGGUACAAAUUUUUCACAAGGUGUACAUAAUAACAGUGACGGUGACAUUGAUACCCAUGACGAUGAUGAAAUAUACAAGUCUCAGGAUCCUGAACUGUCAGAAACUCCAGUGAGUGAUGAACAAGUCCCUGGAACAUUUGAGUAUGAGUACGCAAAUCCUUACAUGGAACCAGAAGAACCUGUUGAUGAUGAAAAUGAGUAUAAUAUAUCUGAUGAACAAGAGGUUUCUACAGAGAAGAGACAAAUACAUCCAUACGCCCAACAAACAUUAAUUCAGCCCCCACCUCAAAUAUAUGAUAAUGAUAUAGGUCAAAUCCAACAAUCACAAAGUAGCACUUCCAUAUUCUCAGACGCUCUAGAUGAAAUUCCAGGUACCGAUAUUGAUGAUAAUAUACAAUAUUCUAAACAAAGAACCGCAAAACCAAAGACAAAAUCUAGGGGCAAAUCAAAGAAUACAAAUAAAAUGCCUGUCAAUAAAACAAACAAACAAGGUAAAAGGCCUCGCAAGGAAGCACAACUCGUUGAAACUUCAAGAAUUGAUACAAGACAACACCAUGUUGCAGCUCAGAAGGAAGCUAUAAAACCAAAGAAACCAUUGACAGAAGCUGAAAUGUAUCAAAAGGCAUUAGAGAUUGCUACUAAGAAAGUAUACAGUGACCGUAUACCAUCUACAACUACAAAGACCCCUACUAAAAGUAUGAUGGGUAAACGAAUGACUUUAAGAAAUGAUCAAACCAAUGCGAAUAAUAUUAUGUCUCAUACACAACCUCAGAAUAUGUCAAAUUCAUCAUCAAAGAAACAUAAAAGACUUUCAUUAUUCUCUUUUGAAAAACAUAACAAUGAACCUGAACUUGACUAUAAUAAUGUCCCAUUACCUCCUGAUAGUGCAGCAGUGAUCAAUAAGGAAAUCCAAGCAAACCCAAUAAAGGAAACAACGCUAGCAAAAGAGUCAUCUGAAGUGAAGAGUACUAUGAGUGAUGCAGAUAUGUAUGCGAAAGCACUAGAAGUUGCUCAAAAGAAAUAUCGCGAUGCUCACUUCAUUCAUACUAGUGGAAUUCCUGUUAGUACAAGUAAUAUGAGUGCUAAUAGUGGAUUCAGCAGUGGUAUAAGAAGCAACGGUAAUAAUAAUAAUAAUAAUAAUAAUAAUAAUAAUAAUAAUGUAGCAGCAGAUAGUGCUGCUAGGGUAAGCCUGAAUGAUCAACUUUCUAAAACAACUACUGGAAGUGCACGCCCUCAAGAGGUCACAUCGAACAUAUCAUUUUUGCGUAAUGACCCAAUUACAAAUAAUGAAUCUGGUGGUGGUAUGAGAUUAUCAUUGGAUUCUAAAAAACGAAUUAAUGAUAAUUCUUAUGAUACUAAAAACGCUGAUGAAACGUUGGCUGCUGUAAACCAUACAGUAUCUAUUCCAGAAAAUGACAUGUCAAUUAAUGCGUCUUCCGCUAUUGCUCGUCCUGCAAUUGUCAUGACAGUUCCAGAACCUGAUAGAUAUAUCACUACGGAUAUAGAUCAUAACAUAACAACUAUAUCUAACAAUACCAGUAAUAUACCUGUGGAUUUGUCUAUGACUUCACCUAUUAAAAAACUACAAACUAAUGAGUCAGGAAAACACAAAUCAAAAUUUAAACAUUUUGUUGAUAAAAUGGUGCAAUUCUCAACUGAAAACAGUGGAUAUCAGUUGUCAAAGGAUGAACAAUAUCGACUAAAUGGUGAUAAAGGUGAAGAUAUUGCAGAAGGGCGCAAUUUCUUAAACGUUGCUCCACCGCAACAUCUGAUUUCGGCAGUUCCUGUAAUUCAGGAAACUCCUGUUACCUAUUCAGAGCCAACUCCUGUGAUGGGAGUUCCAAUACCAACAACUGGAAGUGAAACAUCGUUCAAGAGAAAAAACGUCAUGCGUAAUGGUAAUGUGGAUAAUGGUAACAAUACUAGUGCAACGUUAAACACUGUUUCUUCUAGCAUUUUCAGCAAGGAUAAGGGUCCUAUAGACGAUUCACCUCCCCAAACAUCUACAAACUAUGUCCCUAAUGAGAUUUCGAAUCAAGCACCUAUGAAAAAGGAUAUUUCCCUGCCCCAAGGUUCUAUCCAACGACAUAACCAGAACCUCCAACAAUUUCAUGAAGAUAGUGUACAAAUGGAUAGAAUUAUUACACCAGUCACAGUUGUGGCAAACAAUGUAGCCACAGUAGAAACUCAUGCAAAGAGUAUACCUGCACCAUCAAAACACCCCAAGAAGAAAGGCUUUUUUAAGAAAUUGUUUAAGCGCUAA